GAGGCUCUUCGCUUUUCCUGUGGAGAGGACGGCUUGGCUGCCACCAAAGUUACUCCCUGGUCCCCGCUGUCCUUCUGGCCUUCAGUCUGGGCCUGCCGAGGGACCCCUGCAACUCGGUGUCUCCACACAGAGGCCGCAGGAACUCCGGAGAAUUAAUUGUUCGCUGCUUCUCAGCUACCUGCGCGUCCGUCCCUAACUGUGCAUGGAGCACUGACCUGCCCAGCUCCACUAAGAUGCUCCUGGCCUCUCCCUCCACGCCAUCGAGGGCACGGACCCCCAGCGCCGUGGAGAGGCUGGAGGCCGACAAAGCCAAGUACGUCAAGACGCAGCAGGUGAUAGUACGUCGUCAAGAGCCAGCCCUGCGAGGGGGACCAGGACCGCUGACGCCACACCCUUGCAAUGAGCUGGGGGCCUCUGCAUCACCCAGGACGCCGGGGCGCCGCCGGGGUAGCGGCAGGCGACAGCCAAGGCCUGACUCCCUCAUCUUCUACCGCCAGAAGCGGGACUGCAAGGCUUCGGUGAACAAAGAGAACGCCAAGGGCCAGGGGCUAGUACGACGCCUCUUCCUGGGCGCCUCCCGGGAUGCUGCCCCGAGCAGCCCAGGACCUACAGAGAGACCCGCGGCUCCUGCGGGCUGGGCUGGGUCCCCGGAUGCUCCGGAGGCGACAGGGAAGAGAGCGUUGUGUCCCACGUGCUCGCUGCCCCUGUCGGAGAAGGAGCGCUUCUUCAACUACUGCGGCCUGGAGCGCGCGCUGGUGGAGGUGCUGGGCGCCGAGCGCUUCUCCCCGCAGAGCUGGGGCGCCGAGCACAGCCCGCAGGUCGCCACGUCGCCGCCGCCGGGCUCCGGGGACACCAGCGAUUGGACAUCCAGCGACGGGGACGCGGGCAGCCGGGACUGUGCGGGAGGCGGCGGCGGCGGCGGCGGCGGCGGCUCGGAGGCGGCGGGGUCCGCGCGGGACGGACGCCCCUCGGUGUCAGUGGUGGAACGCAACGCGCGCGUCAUCCAGUGGUUGUACGGCUGCCAGCGCGCGCGCGCCCGCCGCGCGCGAGUCCGAGGUGUGAGCACCGCGGCCCCCGAGACGGCUCCCGGAGAGCUCGCCGCGUCCGUGCACAAACCUUCGCCUAGAUCUGGUUUCCCCAUCUGCACCCUGAGCAGGCGGGACCCCGAGGGCCAGGCGCAGACUGAGGAAAGGGGAUUUUCACACAUUUUGAAUCAGCGUCUGCAGUUGGGCCACCGGCAGGGUUUGCUGAACGAAAGGAAGCGGGACAGGGCAGUGGAGCGGGUCCUCCGGGGCUUUCUGGAAAGUUGUACCUUAAGUCUAAGGCCACCCAUCCUGUCACCUGGAGUGUCUCGGCACUUCCGUCGGAAAGAAGGCGAGGAAACCCUUUAG